AUGCACAUGUCUUCCGCUUACACUGUUAUACAUUGGCUUAUGAGGUCUACAACACAUUCUACGAGUUCGCUGCGCGCCGUUGCUUUUGGAACUGCCUCAUCAGCUGUUGACAAUCUUAACGUGGCUCAUUCCGCUGGACCCGAGUCUAACCGACCAGUUGCCACAACUACUUCCGAUGCAAAGUAUCCAGGGGAGAAUCGGGAUGUACAUUUGAGGGAAAUCGACGGUCCAAGUGGACCUGAGCCCACACGUUACGGUGAUUGGGAGCGCAACGGAAGGUGUUCAGACUUCUAA